AUGGUGACGAGACAACAAAGUCAGCGAAGAGAUCUUGAAGCUCAAGACGAACAGCAAUCGGGUUUAUCCAAGGAAACUGAGUCGAAACUGGUUAACUUACAGUCUUUACUACGGAAAUUAGCAUAUUUUAACCGAGCAACAGACGAGAAUUUGAGAGUGAAUUCGAAAGAGGCGAUAAUACGACAACAAACAACGCUAAAAACCAAGGUAAGCGAAGCGUAUGGUUUGAUUCAUGAGCUUAUACAAUGCUUGAAAAUCGAUGCAGGCGAAUCUGACGAAACUAUUGACGAGUGGACAAGUGAAAAUAAUGGCAGAUUACGUGAAUAUGAAGCGGCAAUCGAAGAGUUAAAUCGUAGGCUCUUAGACGAAGAGAAAAUACAAAGGGAAAGUGAGCGCCAAGAGAAAAUUCGACAAGAAGUGGAAGCACGAGCUCUAAUAAGACAUGAGGAAGAACAGGCAGAAUUUGAAAAGCGUGCAAGGGAGGAAAAGUUUGCAUUAUCUUUGGAAGAAAAGAA